GCAGCACUGUACUCGUCCUAACGGUUAAGGCCUGCUUCAGCAUCCCUUCUUAAUUUUUAUUUUUUUUUUUAAUUGUUUCCCCUUUCCAGUGGCCUGCAAGUUCCAUGGAAACUAAGGUUACUUCCAGCGGAAUCAAUAAGUUUGCCAGCCUCCUGGAAAGCUACUUCCGUCCAGGAUCCGAAAGGCCAAGACUCUCUGAAGUUUCCGAUUGCGAAAAUGUCCCCGUAAUUGUCCUCGGCUUCGGGGAUAGGAACCUCGUUUUCCGACGAAUUGGAGAUGCGUGUCGGGACUAUGGUUUUGUCCAGGUAAUAAAUCAAGCGGUUUCCAAGGUUGCGGUGGACAAAAUGCUUGAGGCGGCGACGGAAUUCUUUAGUCUCCCGGUUGAAGAGAGGCUCAAGUGGUACUCCGACGAUCCAUCCAAAACCACGAGGCUUUCAACAAGCUUUAAUGAGAAAAAGAAGACCGUUCACAAUUGGAGAGACUAUCUCCGGCUUCACUGCUAUCCGUUAGAAAAAUAUGUUCCCGAAUGGCCUUCCAACCCGCCAUCUUUCCUAUCACUACUCAGUUUUGGAGGAGGAGACUACGACGAAGGCUCAGGUGGCGUUACAGGAGGGGGUGGCUUUGGCCAUGGUACUGGUGGUGGAACUGGUUAUGGCUACGGUGGCGGUGCAGGCGCCGGGGGUGGUUAUGGUGGAGGAACAGGUGGUGGACACGGAGGUGGUUCUGGUGGUGGCUAUGGAGGUCUUGAUGGUGGUGGUUAUGGAGCUGGAGGUGGACAUGGUGGAGGAGGAGGAGCUAAUGGAGGUGGAUAUGGCAGCGGUGAAGGAGCAGGUGGUGGACACGGAGGUGGUUCUGGUGGUGGCUAUGGUGGUGGUUAUGGAGCUGGACACGGAGGUGGUUCUGGUGGAGGCUACGGAGGUGGACAUGGUGGUGGUUAUGGAGCUGGAGGAGGAGGAGCUAAUGGAGGUGGACAUGGCAGCGGUGAAGGAGCAGGUGGUGGACGCGGAGGUGGUUCUUGGGGAGGUGAAGGAGGUGGCAAUGGUGGUGGUUAUGGAGGAGCUGGAGGAGGAGGAGCUAAAGGAGGUGGACAUGGCAGCGGUGAAGGAGCAGGUGGUGGACGCGGAGGUGGUUCUGUGGGAGGUGAAGGAGGUGGUAAUGGUGGUGGUUAUGGAACUGGAGGUGGACAUGGUGGAGGUGCUGGGGGAGGAGGAGCUAGUGGAGGUGGAUAUGGGAGCGGUGAAGGAGCAGGUGGUGGACACGGAGGUGGUUCUGGUGGUGGCGCUGGCGGUGGUUCAGGCUAUGGUGGUGGAAGUGGUGGUGGUCGUGGUGGUUAUGCACCUUGAGAACCCAUGCAUGCAGUACCUUAAAUCUAAGUUACCAUAACCUAUGCCUUAAAUCUAAGUGCCGGAUGUAUGUAUGUAGUGUGAAACUUGUUGAUUUGAGCAGUGCUUGUUUCUUCAUUGCUUUAACAUAAAGGAGGGUAACAGAGCAAGAAGAGAGGACUAUGACUACUUGCUUGAGCCUGGUGAUCCCUGCAUCGUGAGGUCUUGGA